AGAUAGCUGACCUGGCCUGCCACGUGGAGGUCGGAGGAGAUAUGUGAGCAGAGACCCCGUCGCUCUGCUCUUCUUCUUUAGAUGCUUGCUUUAGAAGGAAGAAAGCAGAGCUUCCAUGGCUUCUGCUGCCUGUAAAAGGAAAGAGACGGGAGAAAUCAGGUUUUUUCCACUGAGAGAAAACCCUAGCUUUUCCGGAAGGAAAUGCUCUGCUUCUGCUUCCUCUGCUUCUUCUUCUUCUACUACUGAAAGUGAUCAGUGGCGGCAAUGCGGAUCGGAUCGGAUGGUGAAGAACGAGCUUGACGCGGCCCGCGCGCUUGCUGAUUUGUCGCAGAUGGCCCCGAUCGAAGCCAGGGGGCAGGAUGAGAAGUGGGGGAACAAGGGCAGGCGGUCGCGGAAACGGGCCGUAGAAGAGUUGAAGGUUGUGCUGGAACAGGGGAAGGACGACCUGCCCGGGCCCCGGCCCGCGCCCGGUCUGGAUGUUUUGAGCUCGAAGCUCCCCAAGCCAUUGGAUCCUAUUCAGAAUCAACCAUUAGAAGUUUAUCAAUGGCGUAAAAAGGUCUGCCAACAUAUAGAGCGAAAAUCUGGCCAAGUGGAUUCUACGUUUCCUAAAUCAUGCCCAAACCGCUCUAGAACAGGCAUGUCAUUUUGCAGAGGCAAGUCAAAGCAAAAUUUGAGUGAGGCUGAGAAGGAAGCAAAGAGACUGCGCAGGGUUUUAGCAAAUAGAGAGUCUGCUAGGCAGACAAUACUUCGGAGGCAGGCCUUCUGUGAGGAGUUGACCCGAAAAGCUGCUGACCUGGCAUGGGACAAUAAUAGUAUGAAACGGGAAAAGGAGUUGGUUAUGAAAGAGUAUCAGUUAUUGAAGGACCGGAACAAAUAUCUAAAAUUUCAGGUGGCUAAGACAAUCAAGGGUGAGAGCGCGGCGGGGAUUAAGACCGAGUCGGAGGAAACUCCAUUCGAAGCCAUUUCCACCCACGGGGAGACACUUUUAUCUAUGCAGCUGCAGUCACCUGCAUACAACAGAUCUGCAUUUAUGCCUUUUUUCUGGCCUUCUCUUUAUCCCCUCCAAACACACCCAUUUCCACAAAACACCACUGAAUCAAAAGAUUUGGCAGCUACGUACAUGGCCCACCGGUGGGGUUCUGGGCAUGAUCCCAUCUGCAUGCCAAGGAUGCGAUCUAAUAUGCUUCCAUAUCCAUGGUUUUUUCCUCCGUUACACCACUGGUGCGGACCCUACCCCUGUGACCCUCACACAUGUAAAGAAAAUGAUGAAAAUUCUGUUGAGGGUCAGUGCAACAUGGGACGAUCAUCAAUAUCAAGGGGAAAGAUGAAGAAAGCUUCUUUCCUGAUUGAUGGGUGGGGCAUGUCCAUCUCGACAGAAGCCAACACUAAACGAGAAAAUGCUUCUAACAACAUUAUAGAAGGCGAGAGCCAGACAUUAGAACAUUAUACAAAAAGCAUGGUGAAUAAGCUUAACACCAUCAAUGCAUUGCAGCCCACUUCCACAGUCAAGUGCGAGAGUGUCUUGGAAACUAAUUUGAAUUUCAAAGAAGCUGUUUCUUCAGGAAAAUUACAGGAAACUAGCAUAUAUCAAAGUAGGAAAUCAGUUGAUCCAUCCACUGCUGCGGAAGCUAGGAAGAGGAGGAAAGAACUCACAAAGCUAAAAAAUCACCACAAUCGACAAUUUCAACUACCUUCCUGAGAUCCAAAAUUAGUUUUCAUCACAUCUUUGAUCAACGGGCCCAUUUCUUGACAUCUUCGAAUGCAAAUAGGCAAUAAUACUAACUUCCAUUUGGAGUUUCACAGGAAAUUAGUAUUGGAUCGGCCCUUAGCAGUUCAUAGAAGAACCCAACACUGAGUUUUUAGAUUAACGGAUAGAGAAAUGCUAAUGCGUUUCACAAGCGAAUGGUCGAGUUUUUGCGAGACUCGGGCCAUUCCUCAAGUGGGGCCCAUGGGGAAGAUCUCUUGGCCUGAAGUCUUGCUCGUCUUUUUAUUAUGUGCAUGUUGAAUAUGAAAUGUGCAUGUUGAAUAUGAACCUUUGUUCUUUUCUUUUUUUCUUGGAACGGUUCCAUUCUCAAAUAAAGGUUUGGUCCACCUUAUGAGUAGGAAAUGGACUGAUUUUCCGAAGAGAGCAUGUUUAUGAGCUUGUUGUUUACUUUUAGAAAAUGUUCAAAAUAUAGAAUUGACAAUAAUACAAUGCUACAUUCUCUGAA